GAGGGCUACAACACGACGCGAAAACAACAACAACAACAACAUUACACGAGGCUGCUCGGUCGGUGUUACCGGCCCGUAGAGAGGGGGUACACUUUUUUAACGGAAUCCACAGGCAGACGAGGUGGAGAUGCGGCUCACUGGUUUGUCUGCUGAGGAGUGUGACAGCGUCUUAAUGGGCUCUUGAAAGCUUGUGCAUCAAAGACGUGCGGAGGCGGACGGACAGGGCACAGCAUCUUCCAACACCUCUGUCCUCACAAAUGUAGGCUCAACAGCCCAGAUCCAGGAUGGGUCAACCUGUGGACAGCCCAGACAGAAAUGAAGAUGCACGUAAAUAUGAGCAGCAGGGAGAAGGAGAGGGUGGCGAAAGCCAAAGUGAAGCGUGCACCCGCACCACACCGCCCAUCAACAACAAGAAGAAGAGGAAAAGCAAGAAGAGAUGACUGUGGAUCAACCUCACCAACUGCAAAUAUGAAAGUGUGCGGCGUGCUGCUCGCAGAUAUGGCCUCAGAGAGGCGAUGGAAGGGGACGACUGGACCCUCUUUUGGACGGACUGCUCUGUGUCUUUAGACCGUGUUAAGGACAUGAAGCGUUACCAGAAAAUAAACCAUUUCCCAGGGAUGAGUGAAAUCUGCCGCAAAGACUUAUUAGCGAGAAACAUGAACCGUAUGCUCAAGCUUUUCCCCAAAGACUACAACAUCUUCCCCAGAACGUGGUGCCUUCCUGCAGACUACAGUGACUUCCAAGCUUACACCAGGGCCAAAAAGUGCAAGACGUACAUCUGUAAGCCAGAUACCGGCUGCCAAGGCAAAGGUAUCAUCAUCACCAAGUCAAGUAGAGACAUUCAGCCUGGAGAACAUAUGAUCUGCCAGGUUUACAUCUCAAAGCCUUUUAUAAUCGACGGGUACAAGUUUGACUUGCGUAUCUAUGUGCUGGUGACGUCGUGUGACCCAUUCAGCAUAUUCAUGUUCAAAGAGGGACUGGCUCGCUUCUGCACCACCAAGUACAACGAACCAACACACAGUAAUGUGGAUGAUGUGUGCAUGCAUCUCACCAACUACUCCAUCAACAAGAACAGCGAGAACUUUGUCCGUGACGAAGACACGGGCAGCAAAAGAAAGCUGUCCACCCUGAACAAGCUCCUGGAGUCCAUCAGCUGCAACACGGACAAGAUGUGGAACGACAUCGAGGACGUGAUCAUAAAGACUCUGAUCUCGGCUCACCCGAUCCUCAAACACAAUUACCACACAUGCUUCCCCAACCACACCACCGGCAGCGCCUGCUUCGAAAUCUUGGGCUUUGAUGUGCUGCUCGAUCACCGGCUCAGACCCUGGGUGCUCGAGGUGAAUCACUCCCCAAGUUUUACCACCGACUCGCAGCUGGACCGCGAGGUGAAGGACGCGUUGCUGUAUGACACUCUGGUUCUUAUCAACUUGGGCGCCUGCGACCGUCGAAAGAUAACCAAAGAGGAGAGACGGCGGGUGAAGGACAGGCUGCAGCAGAACAGCACCAGAGAGGCCAGGUCAGAGGAGCUGCGUCAGUGCCAGGCCGCCACGGUGGAGCAGAUGGAGAGAUACGAGGCCAAACACCUGGGAGGCUUCAAGAGGAUCUACCCGAGAGAGGGAGGGGAGAAAUACGACAAAUACUUCAAACACAGCAGCUCGCUCUUCCAGGAGACCGCAGCGUCCAAGGCCAGAGAGGAGUGUGCCAGGCAACAACUGCAGGAGCUGCGUCUGAAGCAGGAGCAGAAGGAGAGAGACCUGAAGGGAGGCCGGAGGAGAGACCUGCAGGGGGAGACGGCGGGGGAGAGAGUGAAACCACGAAGAGCACAAACACAACCCCCCAAUUCAAACGCUGACUGUGACCUGCAGCCGCCGUCGCUGUCCGGCAUGUCGGUCGAUCCUGAAGCUGCAGAAGUCCGAGAGGAGAAACAGGAGGAGGAGCAGGAGAAGGAGGAGGAGAAGGAGGCAGAUAUGAAGGAGCAGGAGCGGGUGGACGCGCUCCUCCAGAGGAAGAAACUGCUGCAGGACCUGGGGGUGGAAAAGAUCCAGCAGCUGCUGCAGGGCCGAACAGACGGAGGGGGAGUCCUGCAGGACACCAAGGACGCCUGCAGCCAGCAGCAGAGUAAACACGCUCAUCAGAGACAACAGCAGACGAAGUUGGAGUCUUUGACACAGUUUUCCCAACGGACGAAGCAGCAGCAGCAGGCCUGCACUCAGAUCUCACGGCAGCACAUCCACUCCCACACGACUCAGCAGCGUCUGCCGAGGCCCUCGAUGGAGCAGAGGAGCCUGAACGAGUCGGAGCCCGAGAGCCACAACAGAGCGGCAGAAAUACGCAGGACCAUCAGCGCCGCGCGGAUACACUGGACAGUCGGAGGCUCUCUGGCUGUCAGGCAGGACACCAGGAGCAGCUCGUACACUGACGCCCGCUCCCGUCCCAGCAUCCCCAUCGUAAACCACGUCGUCCCUAAAGGAGGUCCGCGCUGUGCCUACAUGUCCCACGACCCCGAAGCCCUCCAGAGCCUGCUCGUCAUCUCCACCCGCGCCCCCCUGGUCAGGAGGCCUGGCUUCUCUCACAUCGUCCGCAACUCCUCCCGCAGAGCCCCCCAGCAGCACGGUAAAGGCCAGUGAGGAGCCUCCACGCAGACCUGAAAACGACUGCAGACACACUCGGGACCUGAGGAGAACUGGAGGUAGAGAGGCGUUAAACUGUGAAAAUACAGAAACACACUGUGCCUACGAUGACUAUCUCACGUCUGUAGAUAGAUUUUAUAUCUGGACUCCUGCAGUUUACUCUGCUUGCCACUAUAUAACCUCCAGCUCUGCAGAAAACAGCAUUAUGGCUUUUUAACUUUUUCUACCCACUGUGUGUGCUCACAUAUGUGUAACAUUUUCCUCCGGGGAUGAAUUAUCUCAAGCAAACCUCACCUACAGUGCCAAAAUAAACACAGGAGAGCCUGAUUUAACACCGAACAGCGUGUGAUCCAAAUACUCUCACAAAAAUGCAGCAGAAUAAUAAACAUAGCAAUAUUUAUUAUCCAGAAAAGUGGAAAUGUGCCCUCAGCUUCACAGGUUGGAUAAAACACAUCAUAAAAAAAUCAUAAUACAUACAAUAUAUAAGACAACAUGCACAAUCCAGAUAAAAACAUGGUUUCAGUGAGAAUGGCAUUUACAAAAAAUAGCAAAGUUUUUGCAUUUGGCAUGAAACUCUAAAGUUGAUAUCAGCUUGAGUUGACUAAAUGGGAAUAAAUGAAUAUCAAAGUCUUAUUUUAAUUAAGAUUAAAACACAAUUCAAA